UGGAGGCGGAACAAACAGCUACAGCUCGCGCAACCAGGAAAGCUAUUAGCGUUCCAUUGCUCUAGGGAGGAAAAUAAGGGUUAGGCUUCGCUUUGCCCGGAUUUAAAAAAAAAAAAACACCGAAAGUCAUGACCAGAGGAAACCAGCGUGAACUUGCCCGACAGAAGAACGCCAAGAAGCACAAUGAGCAGGCCAAGGGCAGGAAGGAUGAUGGUCUCUCUGCUGCUGCUCGCAAACAGAGGGAUGCAGAGAUAAUGCAGCAGAAACAGAAGAAAGCCAAUGAGAAGAUGGACCCUAAAUCGAAAUAACCAGCAGGACGCAUUGGGACUUGCAUUCAUUUUUGCGAAAGUUCCCAAUCUUCAACAGCUCGCGGUUCACGAAAAGAUGUAACCAUUAUAGAUGGCUAAAAAAACCACAAUUACUGACUUUGGUAAUCAGUCUGAGAAAAUAGUCUACAAUGUGGCUUCUGAAAGAUCUGUCAUGAGGGAAAAUCUUUGAGUUAAGUAAUGAUUCACCCAUUGUUCCAAAUAUGAUCAGUACACAAUAAUUGGUUUAAUCGUAUUUUUAACUGGUUAAAAAUAUCGAUCUGUAGUUCCACCACAUGUUGAAGGCAAUUGUGUUACUGAUGAGUCUUGGUUCAAAUGUUUUGAGAUUGAAUCUUAAUCUUCUCAUCUUGUGUCUCCUUUUGAUUUCACAUCACCUUUUGAGUGUGUACUAGACACAGAGCAGGCCGUUUUAAAGAGGGAGACUGCCAGUCAACAUGUGAAUUGACUUUCGAGUUUCUGUAUUUUUGUAUUAAACACCCUGAAUAAACUGUACAUUUUUAAACUGA